UGAGGGCCGUUUAAUGUGACGUCACACACACCAAGCCAUCUAGGGGAGCUCUUUCUCACUGUAAUCAGCAAUCGGCGGCACAAAACCACCACAAAGUGACAAAAAAAUGAAUGUGGAACAUGAAGUUACACUGCUCGUUGAUGAGAUCCGUCGAUUGGGCAGUAAAAAUGCAGAUGGGAAGAUCAGCGUCAAAUUUGGAGUCUUGUUUAAUGAUGACCAGUGCGCCAACCUCUUUGAAGCUCUGGUCGGAACGCUGAAAGCGGCCAAGCGAAAGAAGGUCAUCGCGUUCGAAGGGGAGCUCUUACUGCAAGGAGUACAUGACAACGUUGAUGUCAUAUUACUGCAGGACUGAAUUUAACAGUCUUCUCUAAACUCAAGUAAAAGGUGAAAAUGUGUUUUAGACAUGUCACUGCUACAUUUUGAUAUGGAAAUAUACUCCAGAAUGUAACAUUUUUGUAUACUGGGUUGGAAUAUUUUUAUACAGCAACUUUACUCUCAGGGGAGUGAUCGGCACAAAGUUUUUGUAAAGUAGCAAUCUUCCCUGUUCAAACAACUCAACAGCCAUAUCAUUAAAAUAGCAUUACCUUUAUAGUGUGCAUGAUCAUGUAACUGGUUUUCUGGGACUGAAUGAACCUAUUUGAAAUUAAUAUCCAUGCAGGUUAAUAUCAGUUUGACAGAUUAUACCUCUGAUGUCUUAUUCUGACUGUAUUGAUUGUAGAAUGCAUAAUGGUCGUCUGCGGUGAUCAUGAGGUUGUUUCUUUGCAGUAUCAUUACUGUGACAUUAAAGUUAUGUGUGCCAUUAAAUCUCAAAUGCUGAGAAACAGAAAUUAGUAAAUAGCAUGUGUCUGCUUUAUGAUUUUCUGGAAUUAAAUGUAAAAAAAAAAAAACACCUUCAACAAAUCAUCAACUGUACAGUGUGAUAUUGUUUUAUAAAGCUCUUGCAAAAAGA